GGAGGGGGCCGGCCCGGAGGAGGUGCUGCGAGCGCUUGGCAUUCUGGGGCCGGAAGUGUGGCGCACAUUGCGCUCUCGACGUCAUGGCGGCGCGUGGCCGAAAGAGGCGCCUGGCGGAGUUGACGGUGGACGAGUUUCUUGCUUCGGGUUUUGAUUCCGAGUCGGAGUCGGAGCCUGAAGGAGCUCCGGAGGCGGCGAUACCCGGAACCCACGAACGCGGAACUGCCUGGAACUCGUGUGGGCCGGACCGGGGCGCCACGGCUAGCAGGCAUAAAGGCCGUGCCUCUGAGCACAAAGACCAGCUCUCUCGGCUGAAGGACAAAGACCCUGAGUUCUACAAGUUCCUGCAGGAGAAUGACCAGAGCCUACUGAAUUUCAGUGACUCAGAUAGCUCUGAGGAGGGAGACGAGCAGUUCCACUCUCUGCCGGAUGCACUGGAGGAAGCAAGUGAAGAGGAUGAUGGAGGGGAGGAUGGAGACAGAGUGCCCAGAGGACUGCAGGGGAAGAAGAAUGAAUCUACUCCUGUGACCCUUGGCAUGGUUGAGCAGUGGAAGCAGGCAGCAAAGCAGCAUCUCACUGCCAAGCUGUUUCAUGAAGUUGUGCAGGCGUUCCGAGCUGCUGUGGCCACCACCCAGGGAGACCAGGAAGGGGCUGAGGACUGCAGAUUCCAGGUCUCAGACAGUGCUGUGUUCAAUGCACUGGUUACCUUCUGUGUCAGAGACCUCUUUGGCUACCUCCAGAAGCAGCUGUUUGGAAAGGCACCAAUAGACAGCAACAGUUUCUGCAGGGUGCUGCAGCCGUCCAGCAGUGCGCUCUGGGGGAAGUUCCGUGUGGAUGUCAAGGCAUACCUGAGUGCGCUCAUGCAGCUGGUGACCUGUCUGGCAGAAGCCGUGGUGUUGGCAGCAGUCCUGCGGCAUGUCAACAGCCUGGUACCCUACUACCUGACCUUCCCCAAGCAGUGCCGUGUGCUGCUCAAGGUGGGCACUCCUCCCCUGUGUGUGCUGUGGAUGGUGAUUCUGUGGAGCACUGGUGAGGAGUCCCUGCGGGUGUUGGCCUUCCUGGUCCUUGUUAGAGUUUGUCGACAGAAGAAGGACAUUUUCCUGAGUCCUGUCCUGAAGCAAAUGUACAUCAUGUAUGUGAAGAAUUGCAAGUUCACCUCUGCCAGCACCCUGCCCCUCAUCAGCUUCAUGCAGCGAACGCUGACCGAGCUGCUUGCCCUGGAUCCCAGCAUCUCCUACCAGCAUGCCUUCCUCUACAUCCGCCAGCUCGCCAUCCACCUGCGCAACGCCAUGACCACUGGCAAGAAGGAGACACACCAGUCGGUAUACAACUGGCAGUACAUCCACUGCCUCUACCUGUGGUGCCGCGUCCUGAGUGUCCUCGGCUCCAGUGAGGCCCUGCAGCCCCUGCUUUAUCCUCUUGCGCAGGUUGCCAUUGGCUGUAUCAAGCUGGUCCCCACUGCUCGCUUCUACCCACUGCGCAUGCACUGUGUACGUGCCCUGACGCUGCUGUCACAGAGCACUGGCAUCUUCAUUCCCGUGCUGCCCUUCAUUCUUGAGAUUUUCCAGCAGGUGGACUUCAACAAGCGACCAGGCCGGAUAAGCUCCAGGCCCAUCAACUUCUCUGUGAUCCUGAAGCUGUCCAGUGCCAACCUACAAGAGAAGGCCUACCGGGAUGGCUUGGUAGAGCAGCUGUACGACCUCAUCCUGGAAUACCUGAAUGGCCAGGCCCACAGCAUUGCCUUCCCAGAGCUGGUGCUGCCCACUGUUCUGCAGCUGAAGUCCUUCCUCCGGGAGUGCAAGGUGGCUAACUAUUGCCGGCAGGUGCGCCAGCUACUGGAAAAAGUGCAGGAGAACGCAGAGUACAUCCGAAGCCGCCGCCAGAAAGUGUCUUUUGGAGUGUCUGACCGGCAUGCAGUGGAUGCUUGGGAGAAACAGGCCCGGCAAGAGGGCACCACACUUAGCAGGUACUACAGCCACUGGCGGAAGCUGAGGGACCGAGAGAUCCAGCUGGAGAUCAGUGGCAAAGAGCGGCUAGAAGAGCUGAAUUUCCCGGAGAUCCAGCGGCGGCGGAAGGUGGAGGACAGGAAGGAGGAGGACAGAAAGGAGUUCAGAGACCUAUUUGACCUGGAUAGUUCUGAGGAUGAGGCAGCCACAGACUUCUCAGAAAGAGGGACAGCUGGGUCCCUGAGAGGUCAGCAGGAGGCAGAAGAAGAGGGAGAUGACCAGAAAGACGAGGAGGAAGAGGACAGUGGCGCCUCUGAGGAUGGAGGCCCAGAUGCAGAGGCGGGGCUGGUCCCUGGCGAGCUGUGGCGGCUGGCUGAGGGGCCGCAGGAUGAGCUGGAGGAUCUGCAGCUCUCAGAGGAGGACUAGGGGCUCCUGCAGUGCCCCUGAUUCCAGUGCCUGUGCAGCCUGAAGGGCAGUCAGCAGGUACAGCAUGGCAGACCAGAUAGUGAGAACUGUGCUGAGCUGCUGCCCAGAUGAAGACCAGAGUUCCUCCCAGGCUGAGGGCAAGCUCCCUGGCCUGUCUCCUCCUUUGUCUUUGGUUUGUCUGCAGAUCUCUGCAGUUACCCCAAUCUUUGGAAACUUGUUCUUCUGCAGUCA